AAAAAAAUCAUUUGCCAUACAUUGGUAAUAUGGGAUAACCAGGAGUUUUGUCUUUUGACAGCUAAAUGCCGAUGUGACGUUGAUCCCCACAAACGAACCAACUGUGGACCCCCUGGCAUCACUCCCCAGAAAUGCGAAAAUUCAGGAUGUUGCUUCAAUUCAACAGUGCCAGGAGUCCCUUGGUGCUUUAAACCAACCCCUCCGAAAUCGAAAUGCCGAUGUGACGUUGAUCCCCACAAACGAACCAACUGUGGACCCCCUGGCAUCACUCCCCAGAAAUGCGAAAAUUCAGGAUGUUGCUUCAAUUCAACAGUGCCAGGAGUCCCUUGGUGCUUUAAACCAACCCCUCCGAAAUAUAGAAAGGUAUGUCCUACAGAUGUGAAAUUCCGGAAGAACUGUGGCUACCCCGGAAUUCCUGCCAGUGAAUGUGCAAUGAGAAAGUGCUGUUUUGAGAGCAAACCACGUGGUGUCCCAUGGUGCUUUUUUCAUAUCAGUGUGGAAGAGGAGUGUUAAAAUGAUGCUUUAGGAAGAACUCUCACAAAGAGCAUGCCUUCGACAAAACUAUUCAAGCACAAUGUUAUCCCAUGUGGUGUACUAAUUUUGGCUUCCAUGAUACAUUAAUGCAUCUUUAUAAUAGUUAAUUACAGAUUUUGUGACUUCUUUACAUCUGCUAAAGGCAAUUGUGAUGAAAAAAAGAAAUGCAUUUAUCUUUAUGAAUGCAUUAUAAAUUUGCCCCUUGUGCUGAUAUCCAGAUAGUAACCUACACAUGAGAUAUUAGCUUUUUGUAAUUGAAAAUUUCAUUUUUGAGGUGCUCCUGUGAUUAGAAAUAUACUAUCUGAAUAAUAUGCUAUUAAAUCAUGCAAAACAAAUUGAACAUAACUGUU